AAAAGAAACAGACAGCAACAGAGAAAAACAGACUGCAGAGAGAAAGGAAGACGCAGUGGAGUGUUCCGUGAGGAGAGGGGCGGUGCGAAGAGAGAGAGAGAGAGAGAGAGAGAGAGAGACGCAGCGGGACUUCGAGUUGGAGAAGACUAAACGGUCGCCAGCUCUCCUGAAAAAAACUCUGAAAAACAUCACACGUCAACGUGCUGGAGCCGCACGCCAUGGACGACACGGUGACCAAACCUCCCGAGCAGUAAAAAAAAAUGUGAUAUUUACAGACAGCCACCUCAGAGAGAGAGAGAGAGAAAGAGAGAGAGAGAGAGGCUCCCCCACCCCCUCCUCUUUUUCCUCAUCCUCAUCUUUACCGGGUAAUCUCGUCUCAGGUGCUCCGUCCUCCGUCGUGUCGACUGAACCUGGGGGGAAAAUGAAGAAGUUUAACAUCCGGAAGGUGCUGGACGGCCUCACGGCCGUGUCGUCCCCCUCGUCGUCCCCGCAAACAGGGGCUAAGGAGAACGACUUCAUCAUCCCGGAGACCCUCCAGUCCGAGCACUUUCAGCUCUGCAAGACUGUCCGCCAUGGCUUUCCCUAUCAGCCGUCUUCAAUGGCAUUUGACCCGGUCCAGAAAAUCCUUGCCAUUGGGACUCAGAGUGGAGCUUUACGAUUAUUUGGUCGGCCCGGUGUGGAAUGUUACUGUCAGCACGAGAGCGGAGCCGCUGUCAUCCAGUUACAAUUCCUCAUCAACGAGGGGGCGCUAGUGAGUGCUCUAGCCGACGAUAGCAUUCACCUAUGGAACCUGCGUCAGAAGAGACCGGCCGUGCUGCACUCGCUCAAGUUCAACAGAGAGAGGAUAACAUUCUGUCAUCUGCCUUUCCAAAGCAAGUGGUUGUAUGUCGGCACGGAGCGAGGAAACAUCCACAUCGUAAAUGUGGAGUCUUUCACCCUCUCAGGAUACACCAUCAUGUGGAACAAAGCCAUUGAACUGUCCUCCAAGGCCCACCCUGGUCCUGUUGUCCACAUAAGUGAUAACCCAAUGGAUGAAGGCAAGCUCAUAAUAGGAUUUGAGUCUGGCAUCGUGGUGUUGUGGGAUUUGAAAUCAAAGAAGGCUGACUACCGCUACACUUAUGACGAGGCGAUCCAUUCUGUGGCCUGGCACCACGAGGGGAAACAGUUCAUCUGCAGUCACUCAGAUGGCACACUGACCAUAUGGAAUAUAAAGUCCCCAGCCAAGCCUGCACAGACAAUCACCCCACAUGGAAAGCAGCCCAAGGAUGGAAAGAAGCCAGAGCCAUGCAAACCCAUUCUCAAAGUGGAGUACAAGACUACAAGAGCAGGGGAUCCAUAUAUGAUCCUUUCUGGUGGUUUAUCGUACGACACGGUUGGUCGGCGGCCAUGUUUGACGGUAAUGCAUGGGAAGAGCACUGCGGUGCUGGAGAUGGACUAUCCCAUUGUAGACUUUCUCACACUCUGUGAAACGCCAUAUCCUAAUGAUUUUCAGGAACCUUAUGCUGUAGUGGUCCUUCUAGAAAAGGAUUUAGUUGUUAUCGACCUUGCACAAAAUGGUUACCCUAUCUUUGAAAACCCGUAUCCCUUGACGAUUCACGAGUCUCCAGUGACGUGUUGUGAGUACGUUGCUGACUGUCCCGUGGACCUCAUACCUGCACUUUACUCAGUUGGCUCCCGCCAAAAACGACAGGGCUACAGCAAAAAGGAAUGGCCAAUUAGUGGUGGAAACUGGGGCCAGGGCACACAAAGCUACCCUGAAAUAAUAAUUACUGGGCAUGCUGAUGGUUCGGUAAAGUUUUGGGAUGCCUCUGCAAUAAUGCUCCAGGUGCUGUACAAACUGAAGACGGCCAAGGUGUUUGAGAAGACGCGCAGUAAGGAGGAGAAGCCAAAUACAGAGAUUGUGGAUGAGGAUCCAUUUGCCAUCCAGCUUAUGUCAUGGUGCCCAGACAGCCGCAUGUUGUGUGUGGCAGGAGUGUCCGCCCACGUCAUCAUCUACAGAUUCAGCAAACAGGAAAUUACCACCGAGGUUGUACAGUUACUGGAAGUCAGAUUGCAGUAUGAGCUGAAUGACCUAGAGUCACCAGAAGGGGGUGGGUACCAAACGCCAGCUCCUCCCACUCCAAGCACCUCCCCUAGCCCACAGACCUCCGGCCCCCAGACGCACCACUCCACCAGCAGCAACUCAUCAGAUGGCAUAAGAGAUAACGUGCCCUGUCUGAAGGUACGCAAUAGUCCCCUGAAGCAGUCUCCAGGUUAUCAGGUGGAAUUGGUGGUGCAGUUGGUGUGGGUCAGUGGAGAGCCUCCUCAGCAGAUCAGCAGCCUCGCCAUCAACUCUUCGUAUGGCCUGGUGGUAUUUGGCAAUACUAAUGGCCUGGCAGUGGUAGAUUAUCUCCAGAAGACCGUUCUUUUGAAUCUGAGCACUGUGGAGUUGUAUGGAUCCAAUGACCCAUAUCAGAGGCAACCACGAUCACCUCGCAAGAGUAGACAACCUUCUGGAGGGCUGUGUGACAUCAAUGAGGGCUCGGCCACAUCGGAGGACCGCUGCAAAUCCCCCACCUCAGAAAGAGAGAGAGAAAAUGGUUCUAACUGCGGAUAUGCUUUACUUCCUUCCCCACGAAAAGUGUUGAUGUCUAACCAUCAGCAAUUCUACAAUGGCGGAGGUAGAGGAGCAAAGAUGUCACGGAAAUUAAGCUUGCCUACUGAGCUAAAGCCAGACUUGGUCCUACUCUCUGUAUGUCCCCCGCGGGCUGCAUUACCCCUAGACAACAGGGACAACUCCUUCAGCCGCUCACGGAGCUCCAGUGUGACCAGCAUCGAUAAAGAAGCACGCGAGGCCAUCACAUCAUUCUAUUUUUGUGAGACGUACACACGUAAGACAGACAGCACCUUGACCCCAGCCCUGUGGGUGGGCACUUCUCUGGGCACUGUCCUCUCCAUUUCCCUAAGCAUGCCCCCAGCUGGAGAGCAGAGGCUACUGCAGCCAGUCAUCGUUUCACCCAGUGGCACUCUCGUCAGACUUAAAGGCAGCAUCCUCCGGAUGGCCUUCCUAGAUGCUACUGGGUCCUUCCUGCCCCCGCCUUCUGAGCUGUGGUAUGAGCCCAACGCUCCGGCUAAUGGUGAGGAGAGAGAGAGGGUGAGGAAGAGACGUCCAGUGUCUGUCUCUCCGUCUACUUCACAAGAACUGAAUGAGCACCAGUACGCCGUGGUGUGCUCAGAGAAACAGGCCAAAGUGAUCGCUCUGCCCUCACAAACCUGCAUCUUCAAGCAUAACAUCACAGAGACAUCCUUUGUCCUACGGACUGAUGUGGUACAGACUGUCCCCGGUAUCUGUGUGGCCUGCUUCUGCGCAAACGGACACAUCAUGACCCUCAGUUUGCCAGGGCUGAGACCGUUACUGGAUGUCAACUACCUGCCACUGACAGACAUGAGGAUAGCCAGGACCUUCUGCUUCACUAACCUGGGACAGGCUAUGUACCUGACCUCCCCCACCGAGAUUCAGAGGAUAACCUACAGCCAGGAUGUCUGUGAGAAUCUGCAGGAGAUGCUGGGUGAGCUGUUCACUCCAGUAGAGACACCAGAGGCUCCAAACAGGGGAUUCUUCAAGGGCCUUUUCGGAGGAGGGGCGCAGUCACUGGACAGGGAAGAACUCUUUGGGGAGACAGGUGCAGGGAAGGCGUCCCGGAGCCUUGCUCAGCACAUUCCUGGCCCAGGGGGCAUUGAGGGCAUGAAGGGGGCAGCGUCAGGCAUUGUGGGUGACCUGGCUCGAGCACGGAUAGCACUAGAUGAAAGGGGGCAGAAACUGAGCGAGGUGGAGGAGAGGACAGCGGCUAUGAUGGCUAGUGCCGACUCUUUCUCCAAGCAUGCUCAUGAGAUGAUGCUGAAGUGUAAGGACAAGAAAUGGUACCAGUUCUGAUCUGCGGACCAGCACAGAGCCUAAAGGCCUAAAGGAACUCAGCCACCUUCCUAAAGAGCAUCAUCCACUUCUCAUUCUUCUCUCCGUCUCUUCUUCCAUCUCUUUUCUGCUGGACCAGUGGGAACCCUCUUUCUUUCUUGGCACAAUGUUGAAUACUGUGUUGACCUCAGUCCUGCUGUUGGAACUGCAGGGGGGUGUGUGAAAGAUGGACCACAGCUCAAAAAAGAUAACAGUACAACCACUACGACAGUGUCUGCUUCUUGUUGUUUUGUUUGUUUAUUAUUGCCAUCCUCCCUCCCGUGGCGAGUUGUCUCUCAAGGGCCAUGCAGUUCCAUUUCCUCAUAUUCACGCUGUCGUUUCUGCGUUCACCUCUGUCCUUCUCACAAGGAACACAAGUGGGGGAAAAAAGACGAACAGAAACAAAAUAAUACAUUUAAAAAAAGAAAUAAAAAGAACACUGUAAAAAAAUAUAAGCAAAACAUAAGUGGGGAAAAAAGAAUACAUAUACAUAAUUCUACAUAAAUCUCUAUGUAAAACUACUAAACUGAUCGAAGACGUGUUAACUGUUGAUUGCCAAGUGCACAUGAAGAGGAUAGCUCACAUUUGGAGAAAAGCUGGCAGAGCAUUUGAAACGUUCAGUUCACAGGAAGUGAUGUCACUGUAAUCAUGGGCUGUACUAAUAAAUUCGAGACUCGGUGUCUUUCCCCUUUAUCAAGACUCCUCAUGGGUCAGGUUCAUUUGUCAUCGUACACCAACUCCAUUCCUCUGUUUGUUUGUGGCCCUGUAGUCCCUUCCCUCCCAUUUAUUUAUUUCCUCUUUAUUUUGUAUUUAAUGAAAAGACAAGCCUAAAAUGUAAUAUUUAAUAUCUAUUGUAAAUGUUUAAUUCAGUAUUGAAAGCUUUUUGAAUGAUAUUUUGAUUCACAUUUGGGAAUUGUUUGUUAAUAUUAUUACAAUAAUACUUUACAUUAAAGUACCAUCUCCAAAGGGUUUAUAAUUAGUUGAUAGAUAAUCUAGAUAUAAAUAAUUAUAGAGAAUAAUACAGAUCCAUGGGAAUUGUGCAUUGACUACUUAUAAACCUAGUAGAAAAAAGUAUUUUAGAUGGUAUUUUCAUGUGAUCUGCUGUCCAGAGGUCCAGUGUUGACUUCCAGUGUAAACCUCCCAUGAACUUUACUGUGGAAAAGGGCUUGUUUGGUUAUAGAAAAGGGAAAUCUAGAUAUCGGAAAGUCAAGGCACCAGCAAGCUGGAAUCAUGUAGUAUUUGUGGUGAUAGAAAUAGUACACAUGUAACACAAUCACAGCUCUACUCUGGGAGUGAAUAGUUAUGUGUUAAAAUGUUUUUUUUCCCCACCCUUUUGGCAACUUGUGCCAUGUACCCAGUCUACACUGGGAUUGUUUUAUACUUUUUGUUUGUCCGUGAUUUCAGAAGGUUGCACUUUGCUCUGCGUAUCUCAUUUAGAAGUGCUGGCUUUUUGUUUGAGACAUAAGAAGCACUUACGGCACGUAGCUGUGGAAAUAAAGGAACCUGUACUGUAGGCGUUCAGGAAUUAUUGUAUGUUUGAUCGAGUUCAUAUAUCAGGUCUGGCCUAAGUUCACCAAUCCACAUGGAAGACAUCGCAUUUGAAACGUGUUGUCCACUUCUGGUGGGCUUCACUUGAAGAUCAGUGUUGGCCUGUAGGAUCAGUUCUCUGCUUACUGUUGGAAGGUAAACUGGCCUUACACCAGUGACGCAUGGGAAAUGUAGUCUGCCAAUCUUCCUAUUGGACUCACGGUCCACAGUUUAGGUCACUUUGGGAUGGAGACUUCAUCUUGUUAUUAAAGCCAUACCAGCUGUCAAAAUUUGUUUGAAGCCAAUGUGUGCGCCUUUCUCGUGGACAGUUGUACAUUCAAAAAUUGUGAAAAAGAAAGACCUCUCUUCUCAACACACUGCUCCAUUUUAUUCUUCAAACUACUUUCAUGCGUGAUUAUAUAAAUAUGUUUGAUCUGAUUUAUGGUGUGCAAGAAAAAUGCUGCUAUAUAUGUUUGUGCAUAAGAAGACUCAUUCGUCUGUCUAGAUACUGGUUUUGAUGCUUCAAGCUCUCUCUCUCUCUCGCCUCUCUGCCCAAAAGUGUUUGCCAUUCUGUAAAUAAAACUAGUUUGACAAUCUGGGACCGUAACACAAAGAGCGGGAGCUGAUGAAUAAGUGUAGAAACAGUUGCCAUAUCUUUUCAAACGCCAAAGAUUUACUUUUAUUGAGUUGUGUAGUUCACUGUUACACCUAUCUGUGCCCGACCUCUCUGGAGUUCAGUAGUCAUACUAUUGAGGUCUCACCUGUUGUCCUUGGCCUUGUGCCAACAAAAAAUAGAAGCCUUUUGUGUUUUUAUCCAAUUCUUUUAAAAAUAAAAAAGAAUGGAUAAAAACUGAAUUAAGCCAACCUCUUUCAGACUAUUAGUGGUUCUAUGUGUUUGAUUCUAUGUGUUACAGUAUUCCAUACCAAAUCAUCUGAAUAUACUGUCAUUUAUUUCCUUUCUCUUUGUUUGCCAAUUCUGGUUGAUUCAUUUAUGGUUGUCCACAGUCCCUUCUGUCUUCUUAAUCAUUGUAACAUUUCUUUUUGUGUAUGCCUUGAAAAGAAAGGAACUGUGAGCUGACUCAAACUUGGUAGACUAUAACACAUUGUCAGUCCUGUUGUCCAGCACAUUUGUGUCUUCGUACAGUGGUUUCAGCUUAUGAACUGUCUGCAUUCACGGAGUGGUGAAGAUGAUCAUGGGUUUGAAUAAGAGUGUAUAACAGUGUGUGCUGACCGUGUAAUGCUGUGCAUGUCCAUAGACAGAGAGUCUAGAGCUGAAGACUUCAGAGUGCGCCAAGGGGUUUAGCACAAACAAACCAAAUCCAGCAUUUUAUAGAGAGACUAGUAUGACUGACUGUGAUAGAUGGAAAACGUUCAUGCGUAAUCUGCUACAUUUUUUUAAGGACUUGGAAGUCAUUAUGGGAAAACCUGGAUGUCCUAGAUCCCCACUACCAUUGUCCGUCAGUAAUCUGAUGUGUGUAUGAGUAAAUGUUUCAAUAAUUAAUAAGUACAGUGUUUGAGCCACUCUCAGGCUGUGUAUCUUAAAGCCAGUUUUCAGGUCACACUUCCGGUUUGCUUAAUUUCUGAUUCAUAAUCGAUUCAUAACGAUUUAGUAUGCACCGUAAGUGUGGAUGUUGGUUGUUAGCCCUUUGUAAUCUUCCAAGAAAAAAAAAAAUACUUGAGGAAAAUAAGAUGUCCGAUAUUUUUCCCGUCUCUUGUCCUGAAUUUUGAUUCCUUUUUGUUCUUUGAUUUUUUUAACUGUUUAUCUUGUCUUUCAGUGAACUGUCAAUAAUUUUUGUCACCAAUUCAGAACAUUGUAUCUUGAACUAGUACACUUCUGAUAUGAAGAAGAUCCUCUCUCUCUCAUCCUCCAUCUUCUGUCCUCCAUAUAGCGGUUAUCAGUGGGUUGCAGUAUUUUUCUCAUUGUAGCCAAUUUUCUUGUACAGUUUUAUGCAAAUUUCACAUGGAUGUUUAUGAAUAUCUGCUGCCACAAACGAUUUAGAAUUUCUGUAGAUAGAAAUUACUGUGCAAUGGGAAAUAAAAAUUAUUUAAAAAUCA